CCAAUCGUUAGCAAGCUGCGCCAGGCCAGGUUGAUUAUCUUUCUGGACUGCAUUCCAGCUUCACUUCUGUCCACGACUCACAUUGGCUUGGUUCGUGGACAAUCAUGUACAAAUUGGGUCGCCGUAGCUUGGGCCCGGCCUUGAAGGCUAUCAGGGACUCACCAGCACGGAGCUCAGUACAACAGCGACGAAACCUUAGCAUUCACGAAUACCUCUCUGCGAGACUGCUCAAAUCAUACGGUAUUGGCGUUCCUGAUGGAGAGGUAGCGAAGACAGCGCAAGAGGCUGAGACAAUUGCAAGGAAGAUUGACGGAGAUGAUAUGGUCAUCAAAGCGCAAGUCCUUGCGGGUGGUCGAGGCAAAGGUACUUUUGACAACGGCCUGAAAGGAGGUGUCAGAGUCAUCUACUCUGCUACAGAAGCGAAGAUGUUUGCUGAACAGAUGAUCGGCCACAAACUAGUCACGAAACAGACUGGUGCUCGAGGCCGCAUUUGCAAUUCGGUAUACAUCUGCGAACGUAAAUUCGCCCGUCGAGAAUUCUACCUUGCCAUCCUUAUGGAUCGAUCGACUCAAUCGCCGGUCAUUGUUGCCUCGUCGCAGGGUGGUAUGGAUAUUGAGACCGUGGCCAAAGAGACGCCUGACGCUAUUCUUACGACCCCGAUCGAUAUCAACCAGGGAGUGACCGAUGAGAUUGCCAGAAAUAUUGCAACAAAACUCGGGUUCAGUGAACAAUGCAUCGAAGAUGCGAAAAAUACCAUUCAGAGACUGUACCAGGUUUUCAUGGACAAGGAUGCUACCCAAAUUGAAAUCAAUCCCUUGAGUGAGACCAGUGAUCAUCAAGUAUUGGCUAUGGAUGCGAAGUUGAACUUCGACGAUAACGCCGAGUUUCGGCAGAAGGAGGUCUUCAGCUGGAGAGAUACUUCGCAAGAAGAUCCCGAUGAGGUCAAGGCUGCAGAGCAAGGUCUCAACUUCAUCAAACUCGACGGUGAUAUCGGCUGUCUUGUCAAUGGUGCUGGACUCGCCAUGGCGACUAUGGAUAUCAUCAAGCUGAACGGUGGCACCCCUGCGAAUUUCCUUGAUGUUGGCGGUGGUGCUACCCCAGAGGCCAUCAAAGAGGCAUUUGACUUGAUCACCAGCGAUCCCAAGGUCACGGCAAUUUUCGUCAACAUCUUUGGUGGUAUUGUCAGAUGUGACGCCAUCGCUCAAGGCUUGAUCAAUGUUGUACAACAGAUGAACUUGCGCUUACCUAUUGUGUGUCGAUUGCAAGGUACCAACAUGGAGAAGGCGGCCGAAUUGGUCAAUAACUCUGGCCUCAAGAUUUUCUCCAUCACCGAUCUGCAAGAAGCUGCGGCCAAGGCAGUUGACUUCUCCAAGAUCGUGAAAAUGGCUAGAGAGAUUGAUGUUGGUGUCGAGUUCAGCCUUGGUAUCUGAGCCCCGCCGGGUUUGCGGUCGAAAUGAGUUGAUAGUCAUUCAGGCUCGACCGAUUAGCAGCUUUCUUGUACUUGUUCAACAGCAAAAUCUCGCCAAAUACCAUAUCGCCUUACAAUUCAAUCGUGCUGCAUUAGUAUCGCCAGUUCAAGUCUCGCCUACUUUCAAGGAUUCGUCUUCUCUUUUUCAAGUCAUGAUAUGUCCGGGCGAGGUCCCAUCAACGUGGUGGAUCGGAUUUCUCGGCUGUUACUGUGUUCAAAAGCUCUGCUUCGAUCUCAUAUUUACUUGUCCGCACUACCC